CCGGAAAGAUAAAAACAGUGCUGCAGAAAUAGAGAGGAGGAGAGAAAGAGGAGGAGCCAGAGAGAGAGAGGAACCCACCACCACCACUCCCCCACCCCGCCCUGCCCUGCCCUGGGGCCUCACUUCACCUGUCUCUAUUUCCACGCAUAGCCUUCCCUCCUCCUGCUCCUCGUAUUCCCCUUCGCCCCCUUUUUUGCUUGCUGGAGCCACAGCAGCAGAGCAGAGAGAGGAGAGCGGGCUGAGGGACCCGCAAGACGGGGCUGAAGUAGAUGAUGCUGGCUUGUUGGGCUGAUCAAUGGGAGCGUGGGUGAGAGAGGGCGAGAGAGUGAGAGAAGGCGGAAAGCGGGUGUUGGAGAGAUGUUGCUGUAACUGAGGGCGUGGGGAAUAACGUGGCCAUUGGGGUUGCUGGCUCUGAUUGAGGAUCGCAUCGUGGUGGUGAAGUGGUGUUUGUAACCUGGUGGGUCGUGGUCUGUUUGGGAGGUGGGUGAAGGUGGGCCAAUCUUGGUGAGAUUUCGGAUAGAUUCCAGCUUGUGCGGUUGCAAGCUUACGUGUUGUUGUACCGCCAGUGCGUGCGUGCGUGCGUGUGUGUGUUUGUGUUGGGGGGCAAGUUUCGUCUUUGUAAUCGGUGGGUGGGUUGUUCGGGUGAAUUUCGGAGGGAUUUGGUUGAUGUAAUCGGAUGGGAGGAAGACGUGCUGGAGGCUUAGACGAAGCUGCAUUGGUGUCGGCAAUGGUAGAUUGAGGACGGUGCGGUACGGGCUGGCGCGGGUUGGGACGUAGAGGGGUACAGGGAUGGGCUGCCUCAGUUCGAAGCCCAAGAACUCACGCCGAGCCAGCCUCAAUGACAUAGAUCCUGAGAAAGCUGACUUAGAAAAUGGAAGACGAGCGGAACCAGAAUCUGUGCCAGACUUUAAGGAGUACCCAUUAGAAACGCUGAAAGUAGCCACUAGAGGGUUCAACGCAGAUCUUAUUGUCUCAGAGAGCGGGGAGAAGGCACCCAACUUGGUCUAUAAAGGAAAGCUGGAACAGAAUCGACUUGUUGCUGUGAAGCGGUUUCCUAAAUCGGCAUGGCCUGAUGCGAAAGGCUUCUCGGACGAGGCUUGGAAGGUGGGUCAAGUAAGGCAUGAGAGACUCGUGAACUUAAUUGGAUACUGUGUUGAGGGUGAUGAGAGGCUACUUGUUGCUGAAUUCAUGCCGCACGACACUCUUGCGAAACACCUUUUCCAUUGGGAGAAGCAGCCAAUGAAGUGGGGCAUGCGGUUACGUGCUGCACUUUAUGUUGCGCAGGCGCUUGAUCAUUGUUCAAACAACAACCUUCGCCUUUACCAUGAUUUGAAUGCUUAUCGUGUGAUGUUUGACCAGGAUGGCAGCCCUCGAUUAUCUUGUUUCGGUCUGAUGAAAAACAGCAGAGAUGGCAAGAGCUACAGCACAAACCUGGCAUACACGCCUCCUGAAUAUCUACGCACAGGAAGGGUGACACCAGAAAGUGUAAUUUACAGCUAUGGAACUGUGCUACUCGAUCUCUUGAGUGGAAAACACAUUCCACCUAGCCAUGCGUUGGAUAUAAUUCGCGGGAAAAACAUGCUCAUGCUAAUGGACUCCUACUUGGAAGGAGAGUACUCCAACGACGAUGGUUUAGAGGUCGUUCGUCUGGCAUCACGGUGUUUGCAGUUUGAACCGCGUGAACGGCCCAAUGCGAAGAUGCUUGUGACUGCACUCACCCCUCUUCAGCGGAGAACCGAGGCAGCUGGUCGGUCAGUAUCUCUAAAUCAAUAGCAGGCAGGCAUGCAGAGAGAGAGAGAGAGAGAGAGAGAGAGAGAGAGAGAGAGAGAGAGAGAGAGAGAGAGAGGGGGCUCUUAACUAGAUGAGAAUAGGAACAUUUUUUAAAGGAAGAAUCAGGCUUGCAGAACGAGGCUCAUUUAUUAAUUGGGACAUGCAUUUUCAAAAGUUAGAUGUUGCCUCAUGAAAGCCCAGUCUUUGCCUGAGAUGUUAACGUUUGCUGCUUCGAAAAGUAUCCGUCCCAGAUUUUUGAUACUUUGAGUAGUGGUGACUUGGCGAGACUGAGGCUGCAACAUGACAAUGGUUUCAUCCAAGCUUUACCUGUCAUUAGCAGGGUUGUUUUUAUUUCAAUGGAUUGACGCAAGCUUGAAAGGCCUUCUUGCUUGGCUUCUUUCAAGUUUCCCUGUGGUUAACACAAUGCGUUAGGAUCUUUUAAUUGUA